UAAACAUUUCUGUUUCAUACAUCUUCCUUCCAAGUUCGAAUCCCUUCCUAAGAAAAAAAGCUCAAGCACAGAACGGUCUUCACUUCGAUAUCGUCUCUGCCGAGCUGGUCCUCUCGUCUCUACCCUCUCUCCACAAAGUAAUACUCACUUCGAUCUCUUAUCUACUCAAUCUCUACUCUCUGAUACAAUCCCCAGAAAAGCUUCUUCUUCUUUUUUUUUUCAGUCACAGUUACUUCGACAUUUUUGAAGGGUGACAAUUACCUUGUGUUUGACGUGUUCAUCUACAGCUUCCCAUGGCAGCUGUUGCAUCUGCCCCUCCCCCUUCUCUGGAGAUUUUAGUUCGAGGACCGGAAGGGUUCUCAAUCUGGAACGGUCCCCCAUUCACCAAUGGUCAGCCGGGUGUCAAGCUUGAAACAACUUCUUGCAACAGUUCAAAGUUCAGUGAAGAUGGUUCCAGGCUUAUGGUGGUGAAAUCUGAUUCUGUGAUUACCAUUUAUGAUUGCAUCAGCUACAAAGAGAUCAGGAGCUUUCAAGUGCCGAAUUCUCUUGCAGCCACCUUGUCUCCACGCGGCACUUAUCUUCAAACUUUCCAAAAGUCCUCAACUCCCCAGCAAAAGAAUGUAACUGUAUGGAACAUAGAGACGGGUGACCCAGUUUAUCAUCAAUUCCAAAAGAACAUGACCAAAACCACUUGGCCCUCCAUUAGAUUCUGUUCCAAUGAAGCUGUUGCUUAUCGGCAUGCGACCAAUGAGAUUCAAUUUUUCGAUGCUGGGGAUUUUUCUAAAGGGAUUGUCCGCCGGAUAAGAGUUCCUGGGGUAGCAGCAGCUGAGCUUUCUUGGGCACCUCCGUCCUAUGUUGCCGCAUUUGUUCCUGAAGCCAAGGGAGUUCCUGCUAGUGUCCAGAUAUUUUCUCGUGAAGAGGAUGCACAGAGUCAACCCGUUGCUCGAAAGAGUUUUUUUCGAUCUUCAUCUGUACAGUUGAGUUGGAAUCAGGGCUCAACUGGGCUUUUAAUUGUAGUUCAGUCAGAUGUUGAUAAGACCAACCAAAGUUACUAUGGGGAAUCAAAGCUCAACUACCUGACAACGGAUGGGAGCUAUGAAGGGCUUGUACCUCUUCGUAAAGAGGGGCCUGUUCAUGAUGUACAAUGGUCACACUCUGGUUCAGAGUUUGCAGUGGUUUAUGGAUUCAUGCCUGCCAAGGCAACUGUAUUUGACAAGAAGUGCAAUCCUCUACUUGAGCUUGGAACAGGCCCAUACAACACAAUCCGAUGGAACCCCAAAGGAAAAUUCCUCUGUUUGGCAGGAUUUGGCAAUUUACCCGGUGAUAUGGUAUUUUGGGAUUACAAAGAGAAGAAGCAGAUAGGAGCAUGCAAGGCUGAAUGUUCCGUGACAAGUGAAUGGUCUCCAGAUGGAUGUUACUUCAUGACAGCCACAACAGCUCCAAGACUGCAAAUUGACAAUUGCGUUAAAGUUUUCCACUACAACGGAACCCUUUUCUUUAAGAAGAUGUUUGACAAGUUAUACCAGGCUGAUUGGAAGCCAGUGUCACCAGAGAGAUAUGGUGACAUUGAUGAGCUUAUAAAAGUUAUUGACACACUAAGAGUUGGAGAAGCCAAACCCCAAGGGGAGAAGUCUAAAGCUUCUCAAACUUCAGGAAAAAGUUUGCCCACCACUAAUCCUCCGGCAGCGAAGCCUGCUGCUUAUCGACCCCCACAUGCUAAGACUGCAGCUGCUGUUCAGGCAGAGUUGUUUGGACAGAGCUCUACCAAAACACCAAGCAAGAACGCAUUGAGAAACAAGAAGAAAAGAGAGAAACAGAAUGAGAAAAAGGCUGCCGAGGGAGCCGGAAGCAUCGGUGAAUGACUGUCAUCCCGGAUAUGCUCUAAGAUGGAUGUUGAGGCUUCACCAAUCAACACCAAUUCAUCUCUCCUAGUGUCGGUUUCUUAUGAAAUUAAAAUUGUUUCUGAAGCAAGAUCGUCUUUGUUCUCUAAAAGUUUUGACUUGAUUGGUUCUCUAUAUAAUAAUACAUUGCAAAUGAAGAAAAAAACUCUAGUUUUGGCAGGCAAAGCCUUCCAUUAUGGCUGUCUUAGAAAUUAGAAUGGCAAAGUUGAGGUAACAAUUUUAGAGUGGUUAUAAAAUAAAUUCUUGUAUUCUAUCUGCUGUUCCAAACUUCAAACCAACAUUAUGUAUCGAAACUAUUGUGGCUACUGGCCAUUUUCUACUGAAUUAGUUCUAGUUUUAGCCCAUUUUUGAACUUGGGUUUUCAUUUGUUCUACCAA